AUGCCUUCUGGAACUCAGCAUACCAGAUCCCACGAGCUAGACGGGCCGCGUAAACGGCAUCGGACGGCCAUUGCAUGCGAUGAUUGUCGUGAGAGAAAACGCAAAUGCGACGGAAUCAAGCCCGUAUGUGGCGCGUGUUCUAAACGGCCCUUCCCAGAUUGUGUAUGGAACGAGGAGCGGAACACCAAAGGACGGGACAGUAGCUACGUAAGGUCGUUAAGGUCGCGGGUCAAGGAGCUAGAGGAGGCGCAAGGGCGGCACCUUGCGACGGUCGGCAAGUCAUUGGAAUCUGUUGGCCAAGCGAAUCUCGCGAACCGCACGGAGUACCAAAAUCGACCUGCUCUCUGUGCCACUGAUUCAACUACGACAGAAAAUGCGGUCGAGACCCGGUUCGAUUCGGCAGGAGACCAUCACGUCUCUGAGGCUGAUGCGAUCGCAAGUCCAACCGAUACUAUUUUCCCAAUGCAUAUUUCGAGAACAGAAAGGACGUCUGUUAGGAAUGCUUCUCGUGAAACCCUCGAUACCAUCUGCGGGGACAACAGCACUGGAGUAGAUGCUAUGGGUGCCGCUUGCUCCUUGCCGAGAGACGAGACAGAUGCGUGCCCCCAACAUCGGCUGGAGUACUUUGGUCCCUCGAGCACUGUCAGCUUUCUCAGUAAGGCGCGUCAGGCAAUGGGCCAAGAUGGGCCGUCCAGCCGUAGCCACCAUUUUGGCGCUAUGCACCCAAAUGAGGCUGAUUUUGUAGGCGGCUUUCCUUCCUAUAAAUCGCGGUCUCUAGAGUCUAUUGAAUGCGGCAAUGUUGACUCUAUGCUUGGAUUAAGUGUUCCUCCGCGGACUGAGGCAGAUGCCUUGGUGGAGAGCUACUGGACGUGGUUCCAUCCACUGUACCCUUUCAUGCAUCAACCGUCUUUUAAUGAACGCUACUUGGCCGUUUGGGGAUCUACCUCGACCAGAUCGUCUAAUCAGCUCUCGGAACACCCCAGGCCAACCAACUGCUACAGAUAUAUCGGUGACAGACUCUUUCAUUGUCUUUUAAAUGCCAUUUUUGCAUUGGGAAGUCAUUUCAACCCAGCAAUUAAGGAGAGGAACCGUGAUCAUACAAGCCUUGUCUUCUUUGAACGGGCAAAACGACUCCUCGAUUUCGAUACGUUGGCAAAUGGAAGCCUGGCUCUGGUUCAGACACUGCUUCUCAUGGGGCAAUUCCUCCAGAGCACCAAUAUGUCUAGUGCUUGUUGGAAUAUUGUUGGAAUGGCGAUCAGGGUCGCACAGGGGAUUGGACUUCAUCAUGAACCAGAUAGAUACGACCAGUCAUGUUGUUCCAAGGAACCGAUAGGUCAAGCCGAGACGGAAUUGCGCAGACGAGUUUGGGCAGGAUGUGUUUUACUUGAUCGGAUCCUAUCCCUGGCUUACGGACGCCCACUGAUGAUCCAUCCGAUCUUGUCGCACAACAACUGCCUUCUGCCAUCCGCUAUUGAUGAUCAGUUCCUAACCCAGUGGCCAGAACCACCCGGCUCACAGCCAGAAAAUGUCAUCAGCGUAAUAGAAUGCUAUGUUCAGGCCAUCAAGCUGCAGGAAAUCCUUGGCCGGGUGAUUGCCACAUUAUACAACGAGAGCCGUGAUAUAGGGAAAGAUGGCCGAGAGCCAGGUGUGGGUGCCAGUUUGCUAAUUUCAUGGCACAAGAGCUUGCCUGCUCAUUUAAAAGUGUAUACAUACCAAACAAAUAACGGUCCUGGCGGGUUCUCUCAUGGAGAGCAGGGCUCUAUGUUUCGCAGACAGGCGAAUGCCCUGGAGACUAGUCAUACGAAACUGCCACUAGACCAUGAUGCAACCGACUCCACUAUGGAAUGGACGAUGCUUCUCAAGGCGGCCAGCCUUUGCAUCUCAGUUGCGCAGCAGCUGGUCUCUCUGGUUACAGAUAAUGCGGAGUCGGACACGAGUCUCCUUCCGCCCCCUUGGUAUAGUGUUUUCUGCGAAAGUGAAUUGAGUGAUUCAAAUACUACUUACCCAGAGACAUACGAGACGGUAUCAGGCAGGGAUGCUAAUGCAGGACCACCUAGGGCAGACUUUUCACGAUUUGAUGCUGGUUUUCUCUCCCAGAAUUUUCAAGAUGACUUUGCUUUUGAUCAAUUGGGUUCAGGCUGGGUGGGUGACUCAACAGAUAUGACCUGGCUUUCAUACGCCCCAUUUCUGGAGUAA